AUGGACGAACCCGGAUCCUCGCCGCAAUCCGUAUUCUCCGACCGGGUCAAAAUCAACGGCGCGGUCACCACCCAGCUGACGCUCACCUCCGAAGGGAAGCUCCGGUGGAAUGACGGCGAAGACCAGCGGUGCUUGGUGCUGGAAAAGCAGGUGCUCGGAUUGGUCGUCGAAGGAACCAAGGUGGUGGUCAAGACGGUCGUCCACAGCGAAGAAGGAUGUUGCGGUUGUAUCGGGAGCAGGGAAGCAGGUCUGGUCAGGAAGGAUUUCGUGUUCGAGCCCGUCCAUGGAGAUUCACUUAACCUUUGGUAUCAGCAUCUCCGCGAUCACCUCGAUUCCUUUGGCCGGCCGAAGAGGCUGCUUGUGUUUGUGAACCCGUAUGGCGGGAAGAGGAUUGCUCCCAAGGUGUAUUUGGAUCACGUGAAGCCAUUACUUGAGGAUGCCGGUGUUCAGAUUACAUUGCUAGAAACUAUGCAUCGGCAUCAUGCUAAAGAAGUUGUAAGCAGCAUGGAACUUUCCAUAUAUGAUGGCAUUGUUUGUGUCAGUGGAGACGGUAUCCUUGUUGAGGUGGUGAAUGGUCUUCUGGAGAGGCAGGACUGGAGCGAUGCAAUAAAGAUGCCUCUCGGAAUGAUUCCUGCAGGUACAAGCAAUGGCAUGGUAAAAUCACUUCUGGAUGCAGCUGGUGAACCGUGCAGCCCAGCAAAUGCUGCUCUUGCUGUAAUAAGAGGACACAAGUGCUCACUGGAUGUAGCCACUAUCGUGCAAGGAGAGACCAAGUACUACAGUGUUUUGAUGCUUGCAUGGGGUCUGGUCGCAGAUAUCGACAUUGAAUCUGAGAAAUAUAGAUGGAUGGGGAGUUCUCGCAUGGACUUCUAUGCUCUUCAACGGUUGGUCAGUCUAAGAAAAUAUAACGGGCAAAUCUCUUUCGUGCCUGCACCUGGGUUUGAAACUUAUGGGGAGCCAAUCAAUCACAACAGUGGACAUACAAGUGCUCGAGAGUCUUGCGAUUUCAGCAAGGAACAGCUCGUGAAAAGCCAUCCCUGUGGUUCCUUUGGGCCUGAUGUCGAAUUGAUGAACCAAGAAUGGCGGACAAUUAGUGGACCAUUUGUUUCAGUCUGGCUUCAUAAUGUUCCUUGGGGUGCUGAAAAUACCAUGGCAGCUCCUGACGCAAAGUUCUCAGAUGGCUGUCUGGACUUGGUGCUCACCAAGGAAUGCCCAAGGCUAGCCUUGCUCUCAUUCAUGACAGAGCUAAGCAACGGCGGUCAUGUGAAAUCACCACACGUCAUGUACCUCAAGGUGAAAGCGUUCAUAUUGGAACCUGGCGACCGUGUGAAGGAACCAAAUGUCGGAGGGAUCAUAGACGUCGAUGGCGAGGUGGUGGCUAGAGGAAAUGGAACGUACAAAUGCGAGGAGAAGACUCUUAUGGCUUACGACAAGCUUCUGAUAACCGUGAACCAAGUUACGAACUAUAGCCGUCCGUUUCAACGGUUCUCCCCGCCGGCGGGGCCCGCUUCUCGACGGCGACUGGGAGCUGUUGGGCUGUUUAAUGCAUGUGAACACGAAACGCCUGCGGAUUGUGAUAGGAGGAUAAGAAAAGGAAAUAUGCGUUACGUGAUAUUGCAUGAAUUUGAACAGCGGGGCCAUAGCGGCAAACCCGAAACUACCCCUCCCUUUCCAAAACCGGCCGCCAAAGGAGCAAGUACCUUACAGCCUGUUUGGAUACAAUUCCGAAAGAAAUGGAAAUGA